CCUCAGCCCAGUAACCUCAUCUUCAAUAUUUCCGACUUUUUCGCGCCAUCAUUCGACGUAUUGCUACGGCAUGGUAGUGUUAUAGCAAAAAAUGGGACUAGAGGCCCUGAGUAAGCUCGCCUCAGCUGGUGAGGCUGUUUAUCAGAACCUCUCUAAAAAAUGGGAUGAGAGGAAGAGACGACAGGCGGAAGAAGCUUGGCUUGCGAAACACGCUGAAGAAAUCCGUCAACGAAAUGAAUUCCUUGCUCUCGUCACAUCUAAAAUCACAGGCGAUUCGGAACUCGAAAUGGCACCUCUCCAAUGCAACCCGCGCGAAACCCAAAGAGCAGUAUUCCUUGUCACCACGCCCAUCUCCUUUGGAGUGCUUGAAGUCUCACAGUCAAGCUAUAAACUUUUAGCAAGACAUGUUGGCAUGAGUUUGAACAGCGUGAGUCAUUGGGCGGUGUGCGUUAUUGAUAGAGGGCUUGGAAAGUGCUAUUGCUAUGAUUUGAUGAGCGAUCGACUAGAGUUGACGAUGUUGGGGAAGAAUUACUUCAGGGUGGCUGUUAUUACGGAGGAGUUUGUUGAGACGUGGAGUUCGUGCUAUUAUAUUGGCGAGACGACUAAGACGCAUGAGGAGAUUCAGGCAAUAGGACAGCAUCAUAUCGGACUGAAUCCUCGGUACAAACUACUAUCGAAUAAUUGUCAGCAUUUGGUAGACAGUCUCGUCAAGGAACUUUGCAAUGGAAAGGUCAUCAGUCAGGCAAAGCUGGAUGAAGAGUUAUCACUUGCCUCACCAAAGAUUGCACGCGACUUGCUUGUUGGGAGGAUAAGGUCAAAGAUGGAUGUCGGCGGGGAGAGCGAAGACAGUCCUUCCAUCAAGGAGCAUUUAGAAGCGAUCAAAAGUCACUGGAGUGAUAAAAAAUAAUUCGUAAUGAUACCCAGGGUAGUUAGAUACUCAGACCGAAAAGUAAUUAUUCCCAGUGCUUCUGGAUCAAUUAGUCAUAAUGGAAGAAAUAAAUUAGAAAUAUUUAAUUGUGUAAAUCUAACAGACUUAUAAAUCCGAAUUUCAUGACAUUUUCCGUCGCGAAGUCAAUUGUGCCUAUGAA